GUCAUAAUAUCUGGUUUGAAGCCCUAAUGUUUGAAUGAAGAAAGCGAGGGACUUCAUCAUCCUCACCAGUUGCAGAAGCAGAACCAUUCACCAAACAACAACUAACUCAUCAAAUUCGAUAACCGCCACCGCUACAUUUCACGAAACCAUGCAACCUUCUUCCGACCAUUCUCCCCAACGAUAUUCCUACAAUCCAACCCUCCACUGGAACCCUCAACUUCACAACUACUUCAACAAAGCUUACGGCGCCGAUCACUUCUCCCUCAUCUCCACCGCAUUAACUAGACCUUCUCGAUAUUCGUGUAUUCGCGUUAACACUCUUCGUUCUGAUAGUGACGCUGUUAUUGAGAAGCUACGUUCGCUCGUGAAGCCAUCAUCGAAUGCUACUGAUUCUGAAGACGGUGAUGACGUGCCGAAUCCCUUGAAGGAGGGUUUGAAUUCUGAUUCUGGUUUGUUUUUCAAGUGUCGGAUCCCUGGACUUGAUUAUGUUGUGUUUGUUUGGGGUUCUGGACCGCACCGGAUUGAUUACGGUAAUGUAGCUCCUAAAGAGGUUAUUGUUAGUAGGAAGUGUGCUGAAGCUGUUCUUCGAGGAGCUCAGGUAUAUGUUCCUGGUAUAUUGGCUUGCAGUGGUCAUGUUGAGAAAGGAGAUACAGUUGCUGUCUCCGUUUCUGUAGAGCAGCAGGGUUCAGAUGGGGGAUGGAGUGCUGGUAUGACACGUGGUACGGUUCUUCAAGGAUCUGAGACAGAUCCAUAUUAUUUUGAACGAAAUGGGCUAUAUAUUGGCCAAGGCACUGCAAUGUUGUCAAGGGCUGGAAUGUUCCGUGUUUCUGAAGGAGUUGGUAUUGAUAUGAAGGAUAGAGUAUAUGAACUUCAUUCGUUUCACAAUGUGCUUGAGGGAGAAAUAUUUCUUCAAAACCUGCCAAGCAUCAUUGCUGCUCAUGUUUUAGAUCCACAAAUGGGCGAACGAAUACUAGACAUGUGUGCUGCACCAGGAGGGAAAACAACUGCAAUUGCAACACUUAUGAAGGAUAGAGGAGAGGUCAUUGCAACUGAUAGAUCUCAUAAUAAGGUGCUGGAUAUUCAGAAAUUGGCAGCUGAAUUGGGCUUGAGUUGCAUAAAAGCAUUUAGGUUAGACGCUCUUAAAUCUGUUUCUCGAAGAAAUGGUGUAGUAGAUACUUUUACUGAUCCAUGCUGUAAUAAUGCCACCAAUGGUGUGAAAAAUCAAGUGUCGCCAAAUUUGCAAUUAGAAAAAAUGUCACCUCUUGUUACGGAGAGUUUUGAAACUGAGACUCUGGAGGAAAAUGGUAAAGGUGAAAAGGCACAGGAAGGAGCUUAUCUCAGCAAAGCUGAGAUCAGGAAGAGCAUGCGAAGAGCCCGAAAUGGACCUGGUAGAAAUCAGAGCGGGGGUGGUAGGGGUGAUAUUUCAAAAGGUUUUGAUCCUGACAGUUUUGAUAGAGUUCUUCUUGAUGCUCCCUGUUCUGCCCUUGGUUUAAGGCCUCGUUUAUUUGCUGGACAGGAAACAAUUGAAUCAUUGAGAAACCACGCCAAAUACCAAAGAAAGAUGUUUGACCAAGCUGUUCAAUUAGUUCGACCUGGUGGUGUCAUAGUCUAUUCCACUUGUACGAUUAAUCCUGGUGAGAAUGAAGCAUUAGUUCGAUAUGCUUUGGAUAAAUACAAAUAUCUGUCAUUGGCACCACAGCACCCGAAAAUUGGAGGACCCGGUCUUGUUGGUAGCUGUGAGUUUCCUGAUGGAUAUGUAGACGAAUGGUUACGCCCUGGUGAGGAAAACCUUGUUCAGAGAUUUGACCCAUCAUCUCCCCUUGAUACAAUUGGAUUCUUCAUUGCUAAGUUUGCUGUCGGCUCUAAAGAUAUCUGAUUGCUAUAUGGGAGAUAGUUAGCUUGGAUCAAUGUUUGCUCUAAGAAUUUCUUUAGAAGGAAGCAAGCCAUUAAGUUUUUAAAUUGGCCUCUGACAACAGUCUAGGGAGCUUCACAUUCGUCCAUUCGGAAAUAUAUUAAUGACAAAUUAAAAAAGCAUGAGUAUGGCUACUAAAUUUGAGGUAAUUUAAUUGUAACACCUGGUUUUACCUUGAGAUAAAAGAUUAUUGAAAUAUAUUUGGUAACUGGUAAGACACAAGUUUGGUUCUAAAAUAUGAGGAUUUUGGUUAUAAUCGUCGUUCUCCUUUUACUUAUCUACGCAUGGAUUGUCAUGUAAAACCUUGUGCAUUAUUGUAUUAAUUAAUAGUUUCACUCUGCUUUUCAUUA